ACCUUCAAUCCGCACCCUCAACAUACUCACAUCUAUCCAUCAUGUCUCUCGCAAGCCACGUCGACCCGGAUGAGCUCUUGAAGAAGUUCCACGACCAGCCCCCGCACCGUCGCGGCAUUCACACCAACCAAGCCAUCUCCCACAACACUCCGUACUCCAGCCGCUAUGCCGCUGCUACCGAACUGUCCAAGUUCAAGAUUCCCCAUGAUGGAGCUCCCGCAGAUGCUGUUCACCAGCUCCUGAAGGAUGAGCUUGAUCUCGAUGGUCGCCCCAACCUCAAUCUUGCCUCCUUUGUGGGCACCUACAUGGAGGAGCAGGCUGAGAAGCUGAUGAUUGAGAACCUGUCCAAGAACAUGUCGGAUGCAGACGAAUACCCGGCAAUGAUGGACAUGCAUGCUCGUUGCGUCUCCAUCCUGGCCCACCUUUGGGGCGUGCAAAAGGGCGAAAAGGCCAUUGGCUCUGCUACAACUGGCUCUUCAGAGGCCAUUCACCUCGGUGGUUUGGCCAUGAAGAGGCGUUGGCAGGAGAAGCGUACGGCUGAGGGCAAGGAUACCUCCAAGCCCAACAUCAUCAUGGGCGCCAACGCACAGGUUGCGCUGGAGAAGUUUGCCCGCUACUUCGAAGUCGAGGCCCGCAUUCUGCCGGUUAGCGAGAAGAGCAGGUACAGGCUUGACCCGGAGCUCGUCAAGGACAACAUUGAUGAGAACACCAUUGGUGUUUUUGUCAUCCUCGGAAGCACCUACACUGGCCACUAUGAGCCGGUAGAGGAGAUUUCCAAAAUCCUAGACGACUACGAGGCCAAGACAGGCGUCGACAUUCCCAUUCACGUCGAUGGCGCUUCUGGUGCCUUCAUCGCCCCUUUUACGCAUGCCCAGGUUGGCGGACCCAAGUGGAACUUCGAACUUCCCCGCGUCAAGUCGAUCAACGUCUCGGGCCACAAGUUUGGUCUCGUAUAUGCUGGCGUUGGUUGGAUCAUCUGGCGUGAUGAGUCGUAUCUGCCAAAGCAUCUCGUCUUUGAGCUGCACUACCUUGGUGGUACCGAAGAGUCCUACACUCUUAACUUCUCGCGUCCUGGUGCGCAGGUCAUUGCUCAGUACUACAAUCUGAUCCACCUCGGCUUUACCGGUUAUCGGAAUAUUAUGGAGAACGCCCUUGCCAACGCCAGGUUGCUGUCCCGUGCACUAGAAGCCACCGGCUGGUAUGAAUGUGUCUCAGACAUCCACCGGAAGAAGGGAGACUUCCAUUACAGAGAGGGCGAGCCGCCUUACGAGGAGGGAGAGAACAGCGCAGCUUACAACGCGGGUCUUCCCGUAGUUGCGUUCACGUUGAGUAAGAAGUUUAGGGAGAAGUUCCCUCACGUCAAGCAGGUUUCGAUCUCGAACCUGCUGCGGGCGAAGCAGUACAUCAUCCCGAACUACCCUCUACCUCCCAACGAAGAAGGCACCGAGAUCUUGCGCGUCGUGGUCCGCGAGUCCAUGUCCAUGGACCUGCUGGACCGUCUCAUCAGCGACAUCUGCGCCGUGACUGAAGGCAUCAUGGAGAGCGACCAGAUUGACCUGGCAGCCUGGCAGCCUGGUCAUUCGAGCAUUGAGAAGAAGCACUCUAGCCAAGGUGUCGGUUCCCAGGAUAAGCACAAGGCGCGGCGCCCGAUGCAUCACGGUGUGCACCGGAGCGUGUGUUAAGCACUAGCAAGUCCUGGACCGAUUUAUGAAGUAGUGUGGGCACGGAUAGGUUAACCAUCCUAUCAGUAAUAGGCACCAAAAUUAAUGCGUUAUGAC